AUGGCAGAUUGCUGUGGCCCGCGACUUCCUAAGUUCCCAGCCACCUAUGCGGACACGGGCCGCGGCCCUGACGCGGACGGCCUACUCCUGAGCUUACGACCCAAGCACGGGGCCGGGACCCGGAUGCUGGGCGGCGGCGGCGGGCCCGUGGAACCGCGCCUGUACCCUGUGCCCGCCGCCGGGACUGGUGGCCUAUCAGGAUUGCGAUUGCUACUGGCGACGGCGGCGGCACCGCCGCCGCCGCCGGCAGCUGCACCGUCUCCCCCAUUGCCGCAGCCCAUGGCAUCGGCGUCGCGCCGUUCAAGCCUGCUGGCGACUAGCCCCAGCGGAAAGGGCUUCCUAAGCGUAGUUGCUGCGGCCACCACCGCUUCGGUGGCGGGCGGUGCCGCUGCUGGUGAUGCGUGUGGACCGGCUGCUGCAGGCAACGGUGGUGACAAGAACGAGAGCCUGGCUGACUGGGUCGCACACCGGUUCCGGACCUCUUCUCGUCGGGAUGUUCAGGCGCCACCGACGACGGAGGCUGCAGCCCCCAACCAAUUGCCUAGGAGCCUUCCUGGGAGUGGUGGCAGCGCUGGUGGGGAGGCAUGUGGCGGCCUGCGGGGGCUGCUGGCCGCACGGACCGACGGCGCGGGAAGCUGGUACGCACGACCCACCCGGUGGCACGACCCGCUAUCGCCCGCGGGUGCUUUGCAUACCAGUGUGCUGGACUUGCGUCAGUCGCCCCAUGGGUCGGGCGCCUCGCAUGUCCUGGGUACGCCUGCCUCUCUGGCGCCGUUAGAACACCACCGGAAAGGGGACGGCCUUCCGCGGGAAAUUGCUUAG